AUGGACAGUAUCAAAGAUCGUGAAAUGUUUCUUUAUAUGAAGAACAGGGCAUACAAAAAUCAGUCUGUUUACGCUAGCUCGACUCAAGAUACUGGAUUUUUCAAUCAUUUACAAAUAUUUGUCAUGACCUCAACUUUUGCCCACAUUCAGAUUCAUGCUUGUUGUUCUGAUAACUUUCUUGUGAUCAUAUUAUGGUCGACAAACCAAAUGUCUCAUGGUGUCAGAGCAUCUAACUUAACCAACACAAUUGUCUCGAGACUGAUACGUCUACCUUCCAUAAAAAUACUUCGACUGCUAAGUACUUGA